GUUGUCGUAUAUAUCUGCCCCUUAAUCACGGUGCUUGCUUGGAAUGCGUUUCUGAUUUUGUUGAAGAAGAACAACAACCAACCAUGACUGCUACUACCACUGCUACUGAUAACGUUUCAACGUCUCUCAUUAGAUUUUCAUAUCUCACUCUUGCUCCUUUCAACAAACCAAUCUCACUCUCAAAUCCUCUGUUUUGAGAUCCAUUCACUACUCUGUUUUUUUUUUCUUCAUCUUCUCUGUUUUUUCUUCUUUUGAGGUUUGUUAAUUGCAGAGAUGGGUGGUGGGGAGAAGAGUGCUCUCAAGGGUUUCAAUUUGCAUCGCCACCACCACCAUGGCCAGGGGAAGAAGCAAGAGACCAGCGUGCCAAAAGGGUGUAUGGCAGUGAAGGUGGGUCAAGGCGAAGAGAAACAGAGGUUCGUGGUGCCGGUGAUGUACUUCAAUCACCCUUUGUUCAUGCAGCUGCUGAAGGAGGCGGAGGAAGAAUACGGGUUUGAUCAGAAGGGAACAAUCACCAUCCCUUGUCAUGUCGAGGAAUUCAGGAAUGUUCGAGGUUUGAUUGAUAGGGAAAAGUCUCUCAACCACCACCACCAUCAUGUUGGCUGUUUUGGCUUCUGAUUCUGAUCAAAACCUAGAUGAUGAUGAUGAAAAUGCUGUAAAUUCUGAAUUAGUUUUACUUUUUUACUUUGUUAGUUGAGUGGUGAUGAACUGAUGAUGGUAGAGAGUUAGGGAUGAGAUGAUGAUGAUGAUGAUGAUGAUGGCGACAAAUGUUGUUGUUAUUUGUUCCAUUUGUAGUUACUUUGUUAUAGUUUUGUUAGGAGUGGAAAUGAAAAAAAAGAUGCUUCUUCUUUCCUUUAUUAUUUCUAGAAGAGUUAUAUUUAGUGGUAAUGGAAUAAGAGGCACUAGUACUGGCACUCUUUGGAAAAGGAAAGAGUGGAAGAGAAGGAAAUGACGGUCGAUGUUGUGUAGGGUCAGCCAAAACGGUUUCUUUCUUUCAGUGAACAAGAGAAGAGGUUCACUCAUUCCUUCUUCCUUUUACUACCUUGGAAUUGGAACUGAAAUUUCAAUUUGUUGGAAUUGGAACUGAAAUUUCAAUUUGAAGAGACCCUUAUCCCACGUGAACUUUACGGGAAUAGUAAUACAAAAUGUGGACCAUUUCUGGCUCUCAAAUCUCUGAGAUUGAUUUCUUUGGAAUGAAUGGAAGAAAUGAUAAGCAAGGGUGUCAGUUCAUUUUA